AUUCCUUCAUUUUCCAUACCAACAAGUAACCACGUGUAGAUGCGACAAAAAAAGGUUGAGAACCGCUGAACCAUGGAUUGGUAGCUGCUACAGGACAAUGUCAACGAAUUUUCAAGAUCUAAUUUCUUGAUGUUUUAUUUCAAUGACCUGAACGUUUCUAUACAAUCUAAUAAAACAAAAAAGUAAAGAACUUCGCCAUGUAUGAACAAAGAACUUUCUUUUCUGUUUUCAUUAUAUGGAUUUCAACAGUUGGUACUGGAAGUGGUCUACCCGAUAUUUCUAAUGAAACAUGUUUAAUUGACAACACGACGUCAUUGUCCGAGAUGGACUAUAAUACAACGCUGAUUCCUAAAGCUACUGAAUGGACGGCACUCGCUAAUGUUGUACACACACAGUCUGUCAUCUUUGAACAUAAUGACGACUCGUUGGAGCCAACUCCAAUUCCUACAGCUACACUAUUUCUCUAUCCUAGCCAACCAAUUGAAUACAUGUGGGACAAAAAGAUUUCUCCAAUAGAUUAUCAGCAAAGUUUUUGUCCUCAAAGAUGUCUCGACGACCAGGUUGUUUAUAUCAACGAUAUCUCAAACCGAUGCCCGAGCUUGACGUGCUCUACAUGUUCUUGCCAAAAGCCUCGGUGUGAACUCUACGGAAUUUGCUGUCCGGAAAUUUCCGAACCCUAUUUCCCACCCCAGGGAUUACUAAGUGGACUAUUUUCCGAAAUUGACAUGGGGUUUCAGGACCUGGUGGACCAGAUAGAGAAACUGAGACGCUAUCAAGCUAAUUCUAAGAAAGAGGUCGAGUCUAGCAACUUUACUGGUCAGCUGGGCUGUGCUUUUGACUCUGAUAGUAGCAGCUUUUAUUACAUUCAAUCUUGCUUCUCCACCGCCAGUGAAGAACUAUUCAGACAAUGUCAGAUAGACAGAAGGUCACCAGACAUAACUCUAGAUACAAUAACAUAUGCUGUAGACAAUACGAGUGGAUCUAUUUAUAGAAAUAGAUUUUGUGCUGAAUGCAACGGCGCUAAACAAGUCAUGAAGUUUGAAUUGAUUCUUAAAUGUAUUCACUUUAUGAAGCUGUAUAGAGAAACUGACGAGAACGAGUUGCUGCGCAUGGCACUGUCAGAGGAAUCGUGUCAAAUCACUCAGAAAGUGCCUGCUCACGUUGGUAUUGUAGCCUGUUAUGAAUCAGUGAUUUUAACUGAACCAAUUGGAAAAUGUAAUCAGCGGUUCUCAUUUAGUGAAGAUAUUGUCACAGCUUGUCACCAGCUUCAACUUCCAAAAUAUGCAGUUGGCCGACACAACUAUUUGAACUACAAGAAUAUUUUCUGUGCGAUUUGCAACUUGGUAAGUUGUACAUUGUAGAAGUGAUGUGUACAUGUA